AUGGCGAACAACAGAUUGCAAUACCGGAGACGGAACCCGUACAACACGCGGUCCAACAAGGUCCGCAUCAUCAAGACUCCUGGCGGCGAGCUCCGUUACCUCCACAUCAAGAAGAAGGGCACUGCCCCCAAGUGCGGUGACUGUGGCAUCAAGCUCCCCGGCAUUCCCGCCCUCCGCCCCCGUGAAUACUCCCAGAUCUCCCGGCCCAAGAAGACCGUCAGCCGUGCCUAUGGUGGUUCUCGCUGCGCCGGUUGCGUCAAGGACCGUAUUGUUCGUGCUUUCCUGAUUGAGGAGCAGAAGAUCGUCAAGAAGGUCCUCAAGGAGUCUCAGGAGAAGGCCGCUGGCAAGCGCUAA